AUGGAUGAAUAUACAGCCGAAGCCUUCGCCAACCGCGACGAGCCCCUUCCGCUCAUCGCCGGCUCGCCUGGCGAUGUGGACGGCUCGUCCUCCGAAGCAGAUAUCGCAAGCCAGAGGCAGAAGUCGAAGAGAGCGCGGCCAGCUUCGCGCUUGAACAGUCGGCUUCAAGAGAGCGCCACUUCUCCGCCCGAGAGAAAUGAAUCCACGCCCCUUUCGGGAGGGAGAAUGUCUCUUCAGGAUCGUCUGUUUUCAAAAGUCCUUCAACAAGUGGUCCCAACCGACGAUGGUCAUGAUGAGCCGUCCUCCACUCCAACGCACCUCCACUCAAGCGCAUCUGUUUCUCGCCCUGCAUUUAGCCUGCCAUUAAUGACCUACAACUUCCGCCGCUUCAACGCCCGGAUCGGCAUCGUGUUCGUCUUCCAGAACCGCAUCAACCGCCUCCUCACCUGGCGGAAGCCCACACACACCUUGUCUCUCCUAGCAACAUAUUCAUUUAUCUGUCUCGACCCGUAUCUCCUCGUUGUGGUGCCGCUGGCCAUUGCAUUGUUCUACAUCAUGAUCCCGGCAUUCACCUCUCGCCAUCCACCGCCUCCCAGGUCGACAACCAGCAGCGCCAACAUGACGACAGAAUACCAUCAGGCCUACACGGGCCCAGCCCUCGCCCCCGCCGCUGUCAUAAAGCCUGCCUCUGAAACCUCAAAGGACUUCUUCCGCAACAUGCGUGAUCUACAGAACAGCAUGGCUGACUUUAGUAACGUCCACGACUGGUUGGUGGCAAAUGUCACGCCGGCGACGAAUUUCUCAGACGAACAGUUUUCCUCCCAACUAUUUUUGUAUCUCAUCAUCCUGACCACGCUAUCCUUUAUCACUGCACACCUGCUGCCCUGGCGACUAAUUUUCCUCAUCCUAGGGUGGGCUAUCAUCACCUCCUCCCACCCGAAGGCACAGGCCUGGUUGUUGAAAAUGCAAAAACAAGCCGAAGUUGAAACAACCCUCGCCCUUAAUGACCCUAACCUGAAACAUCAAAAGUACAUCCACGGCAUUCCCCUCCCCGCCACACCGUAUGCGAUUCAGUCUGCAUUCACUGCAUUCUCUGAGAUUACCCUGUCAACGACGCCAGAGACUAGGGAAGUCGAGAUCUUCGAGCUACAGCAUCGCCCCUUAGCCAGUAUUUCCUCUAGUGACAAAGCAGCUGAAUGGCAGCCCCACCUCUUCACGCCUUCUCCCUAUGACCCUCUCUCCCCAGCACGAAUUGCAGGCGACAGGCCAAGGGGUACGCGGUUCUUCGAAGAUGUCGAACCGCCAGACGGAUGGGAGUGGGCCUCCAAAAAAUGGGAGCUAGACCUCGAAGCUGGGGAGUGGGUAAAUGAGAGACUCGUCGUAGGCGUAGGGUACGAUGUUCUCAACCACGACUCUCAUGAUAUCGAUAGGCUGUUGUCAGCUCAAGCCGCUUCUGGGCCCAGAGACCACGGGAAAGAUGGCAACAGACAUGGCAGUGGUACGACACUGAGAAGGAUCAGCACAAACCGAAGAGAAAGUAUCAAUCUCGACUUUGGCGGGUGGGUGUGGGAUCUCCCGCCGCCGCCGGGGUCCGGGGUUAACAGAGAUGAUGACCUAUGGCUGGCUUACGGGGAUUAUGAUGUUCCUAGAGUAGGUGUGCAAAACAAUUCCAAAGAAGAGGAAAAGGCGAGGAAGAAAAGGGAGAAGGAGCGGGAAAAGAGGGACAAGAAGGACAAGGGUGGGGCAGUGAGGGAUUGGGAAGAGGCAACGAAGGUGGACAAUCGAGGGAGGACCGGGGAAUGGAGAAGGAGACGCUGGGUGAGAUUGGUCAAGAGGAGAGUGGCCGUCUGA